GAGGACGCGCUGGGCCCGCAGUCCCUGGACCUCUUGGGCCCCUGCUCUUCUUCCUUCCUGGCUUGCCCUCCCACUUCAUGGCCCUCGAGAUGGAGCAGUUCUACCGAUCCACGAUGGCCAUCUACAAGAGCAUCAUGGAACAGUUUAAUCCAGCCCUGGAAAAUCUAGUCUACCUGGGGAACAACUACCUUCGCGCCUUCCACGCGCUGUCGGAAGCGGCCGAAGUCUACUUCAACGCCAUCCAGAAGAUCGGGGAGCAGGCCCUGCAGAGCUCCACCUCGCAGAUCCUGGGUGAGAUCCUCGUACAGAUGUCAGAUACCCAGCGGCACUUGAACUCGGACCUGGAGAUUGUGGUGCAGACUUUCCAUGGAGACCUCCUGCAGCACAUGGAGAAGAACACCAAGCUGGACAUGCAGUUUAUCAAAGACAGCCGCCAACACUAUGAGAUAGAAUAUCGACAUCGUGCUGCCAAUCUAGAGAAAUGUAUGUCGGAGCUAUGGCGGAUGGAGAGGAAGAGGGACAAGAACACCCGGGAAAUGAAGGAGAGUGUGAACAGGCUGCACGCCCAGAUGCAGGCCUUCGUCUCCGAGAGCCAGAGAGCCGCCGAGCUGGAGGAGAAGAGGCGCUAUCGGUUCCUGGCCGAGAAGCACCUGCUGUUCUCCAACACCUUCCUGCAGUUCUUUGGCCGGGCCCGGGGCCUCCUCCAGAACAGAGUACUCUUAUGGAAGGAACAAUCUGAAGCCAGUCGAAACCCAUCUCGUGCCCACUCCCCGGGCUUGCUGGGCUCUAGUUUUGGGUCUUCCUACCCAUCAGGCCGCCUGACCCCCACCCGCCUGGAGAUGCCCCAGAGGUCUCUGGGAGACUUCAGCUCCCCCCGGAGCCGGCAUAACUCCGGCUCCUAUGGCCAGGAGCCCAGCGAGGGGAGACCCUUGUCCCAGCUGGAGUCGGAUCGUAUGUCCCUGCCCCGGAUGCCAUCUUCCACCUCCCUGUACAGCAGCAGUGCCCAGCGGUCACGUUCUAACUCAUUUGGGGAGCGGCAAGGAGGCAGCAGGGUCCCCCAUCGAGCUCAGGCACUGGUAUCCCAUUCGGAUAGCACCAACCAUACCCUGCUGCCCUUCUCAGCCGGUGACUUCAUCCUGGUGCUGGUGCCUGAAGCCCAGAAUGGCUGGUUGUAUGGCAAGCUGGAAGGGUCAUCAGCGAGCGGCUGGUUCCCAGAGGCCUACGUGAAGGCUGUAGAAGAUCUGCCUGUGAAUGAGCUGCCCUCCAGGACCUACCCACUUCGGGGCACUCACAGCCUGGACAACCUCCUGGAUCGCCCAGUAAACUCCUUAGCCUCCUCCGAGUACUGGGACAGCCACUCCCGCUCCCACACGCCCACCAGGACCACCAGCAGGGCGACGAGCCGAGCCCCCACUCCACCCCCGCUGCCCCCAGACAGCAGCCGCCGAAGCAGCAUGGGCAGCAUGGGUGUAGCCAGCGAUGCCAAGAAGCUGAUGGCCUGGGAGCAGCAGCCCCCCGAGCUCUUCCCCCGGGGCACCAACCCUUUUGCCACAGUGAAACUUCGCCCCACAGUCACCAACGACCGCUCGGCCCCCCUCAUCCGCUGAGGACCCCGGUCUGGAGGUGUCCCCCAGCCUGUCCCAGCAUUCCCCCAGCAGGCCCCAGCAGGCACCUGGGCGGAAGACGGCAGGGACUUUGGGUUCUGGGGCGCCCCCUGCCCCCCUCUAUUCCCCGCUGGGCAGACGUUCUGAAGCGAGGGGGUCGGACUGCCAGGCCGGGGUGGGGGAAAGGCCGGAGGCGGCCCUCUCCGUCCCUCCGUCCGUCUGUCCCAGAGGGCCAGACAUGGGGGGGCCUCCCCCACUCUCCUCCCUUCCCUCCCCCCCAGUAUGGACCCUCCCAGUGUUGGAAGCGGGUCCAAAUAAAUGGGAUGGAUCAGACCAGA